ACCCUUGCUUUACCCAUGCAGCACAGCUUUAAGGCUGUCAUCCACUUUGCUGGGCUCAAGGCUGUGGGCGAGUCGGUGCAGAAGCCUCUGGAUUAUUAUAGAGUUAACCUAACAGGGACCAUCCAGCUUCUGGAGAUCAUGAGGGCCCACGGGGUGAAGAAUCUCGUGUUCAGCAGCUCAGCCACCGUGUAUGGGAAUCCCCAGUACCUGCCUCUGGAUGAGGCCCACCCCACCGGGGGUUGUACCAACCCCUAUGGAAAGUCCAAGUUCUUCAUCGAGGAGAUGGUCCGGGACCUGUGCCGGGCAGAUUCGGCCUGGAACGCAGUGCUGCUACGCUACUUCAAUCCCACGGGUGCCCACGCCUCUGGCCGCAUCGGCGAGGAUCCCCAGGGCGUCCCCAACAACCUCAUGCCCUAUGUCUCCCAGGUGGCAAUUGGGCGACGAGAGGCCCUGAAUGUCUUUGGUGGUGACUAUGAUACAGAGGAUGGCACAGGUGUAAGGGAUUACAUUCAUGUGGUGGAUCUGGCGAAGGGCCACAUCGCAGCCUUGAAGAAGCUGAAGGAGCAAUGUGGUUGCCGGAUCUACAACCUGGGCACAGGCACAGGCUACUCUGUCCUGCAGAUGGUCCAAGCAAUGGAGAAGGCUUCAGGGAAGAAGAUCCCAUACAAGGUGGUGGCACGGCGGGAAGGUGACGUGGCAGCCUGUUAUGCCAACCCCAGCCUGGCCCAUGAGGAGCUGGGCUGGACAGCAGCCUUGGGGCUGGACAGGAUGUGUGAAGAUCUAUGGCGCUGGCAGAAGCAGAACCCUUCAGGCUUUGGAGCACAGGCCUAAAGACCUCCUUACGAAGGACCAAAAAGGAAGAGGAGCAGUUGCCUGCUUUCCAGCAUCCACAGAACCCUGUACCCUCAUGCUCUGGGGCCAAGCUGAGGCCACCCUACCUCAAAUGCCAGCUCAGUCCUCCAGGCAGGAGACCUGUCUGGCUUCACUAAGCAGAAAGGAGCCUGGGUCUUUCCAGCCUAUUUUCCCCAUGGUCCAGGAGCUCACAGGACCCUGGAGCCUAUGUGGGCCAGCGGUCUGGGACCAUAGCCUCCCCUGGGCACUAACUUAUACUGCUAUGAUUGAACUUUCCAAAGUAUUUAAAAUAAAAAUGUUUUCUUAUCCGGGA